AUGGAAGCUUGUAUUGCUGAGGUACAUCAGUGGAUGCUCUCUCAAAAACUUAAGCUUAAUCCUGAGAAAACCGAGUUUAUGAUCAUUGGCACAAGGCAACAGCUGGAAAAGGUUAACAUCGAUUGUCUACAAGUGGGAGACAGGCAAAUUAUGCCAUCUUCUGUAGCGAAAAACUUGGGAUCUUG